AUGUCGACUAACCUCUUUACAUUGCAAAAUCAGAAAACCAACUUGUCUCUCAAGCUAGAUUUUGCACAAAAUUUACUUGGUUCAAUCAAUAAAAUUUAUGAAUCCUCUCGUAGCCAGAACCCAGAAGCAGAUCUUGCCGGUGAUGGUGGAGGUGGCGGUGACGGUGAAAAUGAUGGUGGUACCGGCGAUAGUGGAGGCGGUGGUGCUAGUGCUGGUGGAAGCGGUGGUGCUUCCGGUAGCGGUGGUGCUAGUGCUGGCGGAGGAGGUGGUUCUAGUGCUGGUGGAAGUGGUGGUGCUAGUGCUGGCGGAGGUGGUGGUUCUAGUGCUGGUGGAGCAGGUAGUGGUGGUGGUAGAGCACCACGGUUUCGACGAUUUCCCACGUUAGGCUUUGGUGGUGGUGGUGGUGGUGCUGGAGGCACAUCACGCUUCCAAUGA